UCCAAUCGCCCCUUCAGGAUUCAUUUGCAAUCCACACGCCUCUACCUCUUCCUCUUUCCUCCUCCAUCAUCUCACCAAAUUAACAUCAGAGUAAGUACCAGCACAGUGAUGGCAACGGCAACGAACCUAACCCUAUGGGGAAUCCUCUCCGAAUCAAAACGCAUAAUCAACGCCCACUCUCGCCACUUCCUGGCCCUUUCCGUCAUCUUCCUCCUCCCUCUCUCCUUCUCCCUCAUCGUCUCCCCUUCCCUCUUCCCUCUCUUAUACCCUCAACACUCCUCCCACGUCCACAUCCUCCGACGCCAAACCCUACCCCAACCCCAAACCCUAACCCUAACCACUUCUCUCUCCUUAUCCCUCCCCAUCCCCUUCCUCCUCUUCUUCCUCUUCGUAGUCUUCUUCUCCUUAUUCGCCCUCGCCUCCAUCACCCACAGUGUCUUCCACGGCUUCUUCGGCCGCCCCGUAAAACUCCCGUCCGCGCUCCUCUCCGUCGCCACCUCCUUCCUCCCCCUCCUCGUCACCUCCUUCAUCACCAACCUCAUUCUUCUCUCUCUCUCACUCCCCGCCAUCUUCCUCUUUUCCACCACCUCCUCCUCCUCGAUCCUCGUUGCCAUCUCCGCCGUCCUCGUCCUCCUCGCCAUCGUCUACCUCCGCGUAUCCUGGUCCCUCGCCUCCGUCGUCGCCGUCACCGAAUCCACUUGCGGCGGCCUCCACCCCCUCCGCCGCAGCGCCUUCCUCACCAAAGGAAUGAGAACCCUCGCCGCCUCCUGCUUCCUCUUCUUCGGCUCCCUGCAGACCAUCCUCCUCUGGACCGCCUCCAUGCUCGUCGUGGGCUCUGACGGCUGGGCCUGGAAAGACUGGGCUUUCGUCGUCCAGAUCGUCCUCACCUCCACGCUCCUCGUGCUCCUCAUGCUCUACAACGCCGCCGCCGACACUGUCCUCUACAUGUACUGCAAGGCCGUCCACGGCGAGCUCGCGCUCGAGAUUGCGGAGGAGUUCGCCUGGCAGUACGUUUGCUUGCCGUUCGACGACGGCAAGGUCCCUCACGUUGUUUCCGUUGUCCGUGUUUAGUGUAGCUUGUUUUGGAUUCCUUUGUUUUUUUGUAACGCAGUGUGCAUAAGUGUAAUCCAUCCCAAACUUUUAGGUCAAGGGGAUCUAGUCUAGCUCUCGAUUGAGAAGUGUGCGUCAGUUAUUGGAAAAUCUCAUAUCAUCUUUGAUUCUCACUCAAAAAAAAAUCUCAAGCUUUUAGUCGUGUAAAUUUCUGGACUAAUUAAUAAUUAACUGUUACAUUGUUAAUUGGAGUGUGGAACUUG